CACAUAUCAACAACACAACAACACACAUCACAAGCCAAAUAUACCUACCUGAAAUAUCCAGCAUGUCAACGUCAUAGGGUGACCAGCAAAAGGGUGUCGCUUCCUUGUCGCCCGAGGACGACAACAAGCCCAAUGGUGAGGGUGAGGGUGAAGUCCCGCAGAGUCGGGUCGACAACGAGCUGAAGCGAUUUCGCCAGCUCAAAGACGACCUCUUCCGGCCUGUUCCUGUAGUCAAGAAGGAGCCCAAGGCUCCCAGGCAGCGUCGUAAGUUCACGCGGCUGUGCCCUGAAUCUCGCAACGACGGGGAUUGCUAGCAGGGUGAAUCUUGUAAACUUUUCCACUUCGUCCCCUGGGAACUUCCUGGCAAGCAGUUUACAGACUAUCCCGUGGACCUGUUUUUCGCCAACUUCAAAGAGUUUGACUAUCAACGCACCAAACCCUGUUUCGAUGAGUUCUAUCGCAUGUGUGAUCACUUCGGCUGGCCUGAUGAGGAAGCCACUGAGCCCUGGCACAACUUCCGCGUUUCAGUCAUCCAGGAGUUCAACUACGUCGUUGGUGAGGAUAAGGACAAUCUUCUGCACUGUCAGAAUAUGUUCAGCCUCAUCGGCUUGCCCAAACCAACUUCUCUUCACGAAGCACGCACAACCAUGCGAGUAACUCAUGUCAACCUUGUGGACUUGGUUGAAUCACCUCGAACCCGCCAACCAGUCGAGCACUUCAAGACUGUUCAAGAUCUUAGCCACUACAGCGUCUACGAAGACAAGAUCUUUCCCAAAGAGGAGGCGUAGAACGGUGGU